AUGGCGGUGGUCGCCGCCGUGGAGCGCGCCGCAGCGGAGGCCGAGCUGGACCGCGCCCGCUGCCGUAACGCGGAGCUGGAGGAGUGGCUGCAGCAGCUGGCAGCCGAGGUCCAGGCGUGGCUCCGCGUCGCCAGGAGCCACGAGGCCGUCGCCGUGGGGCUCCGUGCCACGCUCCUCCAGCAACCCGCCUGCACCGCCUUCGCCAGGGCCGGCGCCACCGCAGACGACGGCGACGCGGAGGACACGCAGUCCUGCUGCUUCGAGACCUCCCCGCCCGCCGACGACGCGGCGUCCCGGGGCCCGGUGCCAUCCUGCAGGUCCUGCGGCGGCGGCGGCGCAUGCGUGCUGCUUCUCUGCGCCGUAAUGGUGCCGGCCGCGCGUUGCUCCGCGGCUCGCCGUGGCGGCGCCAAUGGCUGCCCGCGACGCCGGAGGACCUCACGCGGAGGGCAACUGCGGCGCUGCGGAGUGUCGGCGGCACCGCGCUCCUCCACCUAG